UUAAGCGACGAAGGCCGCUAUUGGAGGCUCGGGCGGUGACGUAACUUUCCGCGUUGGCCGGCCUUCCGCUCGGAAGGGGUUCGGGGAACAUUUAGCGGGGUUCCCCGGUCCCUCGGCCCUUGGAAGCGCGAUGAGGUCGGUUAGCUACGUGCAGCGCGUCGCUCUGGAAUUUAGUGGGAGCCUCUUCCCGCACGCGAUCUGCCUCGGAGACGUCGAUAACGACACGUUAAAUGAACUAGUGGUGGGGGACACCAGCGGGAAGCUGUUCGUGUAUAAGAAUGAUGACAGCCGGCCGUGGCUCACCUGCUCCUGCCAGGGCAUGCUGACUUGCGUUGGGGUCGGAGAUGUGUGUAAUAAAGGAAAGAACCUGGUAGUGGCGGUGAGUGCAGAAGGAUGGUUUCACCUGUGUGACCUGACACCUGCCAAGGCCCUGGAUGCUUCUGGGCACCACGAGAGCCUGACGGCAGAGGAGCAACAUCCAGUGUUCAAACAGCAUAUCCCUGCCAACACCAAGGUCAUGCUGAUCAGCGACAUCGAUGGAGAUGGGCGUUGCGAGCUGGUGGUAGGUUACACAGACCGCGUGGUCCGGGCUUUCCGCUGGGAAGAUCUGGGCGAGGGCACUGAGCAUCCCAUGGGACAGCUGGUGUCCCUCAAGAAAUGGACGCUGGAGGGUCAGGUGGACAGUCUCUCGGUGACUCCCGGGCCCCUGGGUGUGCCAGAACUGAUGGUAUCUCAGCCGGGCUGUGCUUACGCCAUUCUGCUGUGUACCUGGAACAAGGACACCGGGCCCCCCCCCCCCUCAGAGGGAGCCCUGGAGGGCAGUAGGGACACCCUGGCUGCCCGAGAUGUCAUGUUGCACCAGACUUCUGGCCGCAUCCACAACAAGAACGUCUCCACCCACCUCGUUGGCAACAUCAAACGAGGUGAAGGCCACACCGCUGAGAGGGCUGGCUCUGGCCUAUUUGCCCUCUGCACUCUGGAUGGGACCCUGAAGCUGAUGGAGGAAGCAGACAAGCUGCUGUGGUCAGUGCAGGUGGAUCACCAGCUCUUCGCCCUGGAGAAACUGGAUGUCACGGAGACUGGGAAUAUUGUUGCCCCCGUGGGCUGUGUGGCCACAGACGCGAGGAGCAAGGGCAAUGGGCAUGAGGAGGUGGUGGCCUGUGCCUGGGAUGGACAGACAUAUAUCAUUGAUCACAACCGCACCGUUGUCCGCUUCCAGGUGGACGAGAACAUCCGAGCCUUCUGUGCAGGCCUCUAUGCCUGCAAGGAGGGCCGCAACAGCCCCUGCCUCGUGUAUGUCACGUUCAACCAGAAGAUCUACGUCUACUGGGAGGUGCAGCUUGAGCGGAUGGAAUCGACCAAUCUGCUGAAACUGCUGGAGGUUGAGCCAGAGUUCCAGAACCUCCUGCAGGAGCUGGGCGUGGAUCCUGACGAUGUCCCAGCCGUCCGUGCCCUGCUUCACCAGACCCUCUACCAUCCGGACCAGCCACCCCAGUGUGCUCCUGCAAGCCUCCACGAUCCCACCUAACCGGACUUGCCCUCUUAGCUGAAAAAGGAGCCUCCUGAACCCCCCCACCCCACCCCCCAGGUAUCCAUGGCGCUGGCAGAAUAGGAAGCAAACAUCACAGAGGGACAUGGAAGGAUGGCAGCCAUCCUAGGGGGGCUGUGAACUGUAGCCUUCUUGGUCUUCUCAGUGAAAGAAGAGACGAGUUGGCCUUCUGUUCAUUUCUUCGUGUACCUUACCCGUCACAUCGGCAGGAUUGUAGGACCCCAACCUCAUUCCACAUAUGAGGGACCUCCCCCUCCCUCCUGGAGCUCCCCCUUCUCCUUGUGUGGCAAACAAGCAUGUUUGUGAGCCAGGUGCACAGGUCUUUUACAUGGCUCCAACGCUUAUAACGAAAGCAGGCUUUCGGGCCAGUGGAGCAAUGAGUUAAGGGCUCUCCCCCGUUCCAGGCUCCAUCUCCCCUGGCACAGCUCUAAGUCAUUGGUAUCCAUGGUGAUUACAGGAAUGGCCCAGUGUUUUGCUUUUGAAGACGGUCUUUCCAGACAUUUUACACUCUGGUCUUCACUGUUCCCACAACCCUGAGAUGAUUUUCUUCUGUUUAUCAAAGAAGCCAGGUUAGCACUUCCUCAUUUUGCCAUGUUCUUUAAGUAUUGUGUGGUUUCGUAGGCCUUGGUCCCUUUUUCCCCCCAAAUACUUUGUCUAUGAGACAACAGACAUUCGAAAUCUGGUGCAAGUUUAGGAGCCAGACCACAACCAGAAUUGUAUCUUGGGCCAAUUUUACCCCUUCUGCUCUCGAUUCUGCACACUCCCAAGCCGGUGUUUUUUCACAUUACAGGUUGCCAUCCUGUGGUGCGUUGUGGUCAGCAUUUUUUGGCUGAACGAAAUAGGAUAGAAUAAAGUAGUGUGAGAAAUGUCAGAGUA